CUUUAGGUCAAUAUAUUCAUAAAAAUAAAAGUUUUGCACAGCGAUAUGGUUUCUGCAGUUUCGUCUGAGAGUACAGUCACGUCUCAAUAUCAUGAUGUUAUCAAUCAAUGUCAGAAAGCUUUGCGGCGAGGCAGUCCUAUACACACAAUUCGUCGUAGAUUAUCAAUAGGAAUACCAAAAUCUGCCGAAGAGGAAAAGAAUGCAGAUUCAACAAGAAUAACGGAUAAUCUUAUAAAAUUCAGAGUCCCAACUCAAAAGAUGAAAUCACCUUUGCGAAGAACACGUUCAUCAAUUUGUAUGGAAACGAAAUUAUCUGAAAUCAAUGGAUGCGUUCCGCCAAGUAACCACAAUUCAAAUGAGAGCGCCAAUCACAAGAUGGCAUCAUUGAUGCGCCGUUCCAGCUGCAAUGGGAACGAAAAUAAGGCAAUCAGAGAAAUAAAAACGAAAGAAUCGGGAAAUGGUAGAUAUACGUCUUUGGCAAAAACAUUAUCAAGCAUUGCUAAUUUGUCCAGUCGGAAAGAAAGCAGAAUAAGGAGGCAAACUCCUUUUCGAGCAUCCCUGCCGCUAAACAAAUCAUGCGUUGAUUGUGAAUCAAACAGAAACGCUUCGUUUUCGGACAAUUUAUACUCACAAUCUCGCAAAACUAUGAGAGGUAAAUUGCCAACAGUAAACGAAAGUAGACUUCACAGCCAAUCUGCAAUAAUUUCUAGUCCUGACUCUGGCAUCAUAUCUUCUUUGUCGAAUGAAUCGUUUGAUCCGAAAUCACUUGUUUCGCCUACUCGCUACGAUGCUUUGGAGGAUGAAUCAAUUUUGGAAAGUGAUACUUCAUUCAAUAUAACAAUGGAUGCCAACGAAACGGACAGUUUUGCAUCGUUUUGCGAAACCGUUGGCAGCACAACUGAUGCAUUAACAUGUCAGUCAGAAAAGCUAAAACACAAACGUCUUUCACUUGAUGCCGGACAAAUUCGCAGACAAUCGAGAGAAUUGAUUAAAACAACAAGUAGAUUCAGGCGGAUCGCCAAAGACCAGAUGAAAAUGUGGAGUCAAAGGCGGAAUACUAUUGAAAGUGAAGACCAAACCAGAAGACAACAAACCAAUAUGUUAAGAGUAUCAGCAUCGGGUAGAGUCAGCCUUCGUCAAAAAAAUAUAAACAAUGCAGAAAACAGACUAUCACUGUUCAGAAACACUGCCGAAUCAUUACUUACACUCAUGAAACAGCCAGAAAUGCUACAAGCCUUCCGCACAUUUUUAAAAUCGGAAUAUAGUGAGGAAAAUCUUGAUUUUUGGCUUGAAUGUGAAGAAUACAGAAACAUGAAAGCAAACCGCAGAAAAAAGAUGGCCGCCAAGAUAUAUGCAACUUAUUUGGAUGCCAAGGCCCCAAGAGAGAUUAAUAUCGACGCUGGAACGCGAGCUCGAACAGAAUCUCAUUUAGAAAAUCCAAGAGAAAAUACAUUCGAAGAAGCGCAGAAACACAUUUUUGAUUUAAUGGAACGGGACUCAUUUCGCCGGUUUAUAACUUCUGACAAGCAUAUGUGACGUUUGAGACAAUUCGAUGACACCGCCUAAAUACCACCGGAAAUGUUACCGGAACAUUGCUGACCCCUCGUGUGAUCAAAUGAUUGAUUAUAUUAACUAACUUACAAAACAGUACGCUGUCAAACUACUCAAAUAAGGGAAUUAUGGAAUGACACAAUCAAAAGACAUAAACUAUGGGAUAUAUUACACCAUGCAAGUGAGCACUAGAACAAACUUUACUUCCGGGGUUAUGAUCUCGAUGCAAUCUUUGUUACGUCACCAUAUUGGAUAUAUCCCAGAUUAUUUAUUUUUGGAUGUUGCUUUAAACCCUUUACUUAUAAUUAUGAUUCGUGGAUAAUAUAUAACCAGUAAUCAAGCACGGUACCGAUAGUUAUUGCUUUGUUGCAAUUUCACUUCAUCCCAUGUUUGGUACAACGUAAAUUAUAUGCUGUCCAUGUGAUGAUGUCUGCAUGAAUGACCACCAUAUGCAAACGUUUGACGAGGGCUGAAGGUCGCGCUUUCCUGCUAAUGACAGGAUGUAACUUAUGAGUCAGCUUCCAGCAUCUUACCGCCUGUGGUUUAGUGAAAAUUCGAUUUCUAUGUUAAGGUAUCUGGAAUAGGCCGUGAAUAUAUUUCCAAUGUAUAUUCAGGGCCAAUACAGACCUGAAUACUGCGAAUCUUCUUUAGGAUUUUAUUUUUUGUUUAUAUAUUAUUGUUAUUGAUGAUUUACACAUUCCGCCUCUCUUCUCACUGUAAGCUGCGAAUAUUCAAAAAAAAUCGCCAGUCAAAAUUAGUUUUGGUCGGACUUUGUGGCGAAUUUCUUCCAUUGCUUGUCCAUAUUUUGUAACCUGACUAGGAUAUCGAUAAACUGUGUCCGUCUGUUUUUCUUGCUUUUUUUUCAAUGAGUAUUUAAAUUAUUGUUUAUUGCCGAUAGUUUUAUUACUAUUAGUUUAUUUUUGUUCUUGUUAUUUUAUCGAUAUGAUCUUGUUGAAUGGCGUCUGUUUGGACUAAAAAUGGACGACGUUCGUGAUCACAAACUAGGAAAGUCGAUCAAUCAAUUUUCAGUUAUUUUAUCCAAGUUACUUACUAAGAACAUUGCCAUUUUUUGUGCUAGUCAUUAGCGUUUUGUCGUUAAAACACGGUUUUUGUUCACGGUUUUCUAGUAUUUGCACCUUUUGCAAAAAUUUUGUUGUCAUUUUCAAGUUGGAUCAUUCCUGAAUAUGCAUGGUCCAAAGAUAAUAGUUAAUGUUGAUCUAUUGCCCAUGCAAAAUCAGGUAUGAUCUAAUAACAAAUUUGAACAAAGUAUUUGCACCUUUGUCUUUGUUUAACCUUAUCCUAUUUACUUAUGCACCUUUAUGUUGUUUUUUCAAGCACUUUAUAUUAUUAUCAAAAUUUUGAUGUAUUUCUCUUACAAGAAAUGUUGCUCCAAUACACGUGAUAAAACAGAAAA